AUGACCACCUCCACCAUCACCAACAUCCCCCUCCCAGAACCCUUCUCCUCUAUCCCCCGCCACCCCCUAACCCUCUAUCCAUCCCCCAUCCACGCCCUCCCCCGAAUCACCGCCGCGCUCGCUACCACCCCCACGCCCUCCUCCCCAGGGGCAACCAUCUACGCCAAACGGGAAGACCUCACCUCGGCCCUCGCAUCGGGGGGCAACAAAACCCGCAAACUCGAAUACCUUCUCCCUGACGCCCUCGCUCAAAACGCCACGACCCUGAUCUCCAUCGGGGGGAUCCAAUCGAACCACACGCGCCAGGUCGCCGCCGCGGCCGCGGUGGUGGGGCUGAAAGCCCGCACCAUCCAAGAAGACUGGGUGCCGUGGUCCGACGCGGGGUACGCGCGGGUUGGCAACAUCCAACUGUCGCGAUUGAUGGGGGCGGACGUGCGGCUGGAUCCGUCCGGGUUCGGGAUCGAGCACAAGGAGACGUUGAGGAGAUUGCAGGCGGAGUGUGACGCGCACGGGGAGCGGACGUACUACAUCCCUGCGGGGGCGUCGGACCACCCGUUGGGCGGGGUGGGGUUCGCGCGGUGGGCGUUUGAGGUUCGCGAGCAGGAGCGGGAGAUGGGGGUGGUUUUUGGGACGGUGAUCGUGUGCGUGGUGACCGGGAGUACCUUGGCCGGGAUGAUUGCCGGGUUCAAACUGCUGGAGAAGCUGUAUCCGCACGAACCGACACGUCGGGUGCUGGGCAUCGAUGCCAGUGCGAAGCCCCAGCAGACCCGUCAGCAGGUCCUGCGCAUUGCGAAGAUGACUGCCGUGAAGAUCGGUCUCCGCGAGGACGAUGUCACCCUGGACGAUGUCGAGCUGAAUGAGGACUAUCAUGCCGGGGUGUACGGCGUGCCGGAUAAGAGGACCUGGGAGGCGAUCGAGUUUGCGGCGCGCACCGAGGCGUUCAUUACUGAUCCGGUCUAUGAGGGGAAGAGCUUUGCCGGGUUGAUGGAUUUGGUCAGGAGGGGGGAGGUGUCUGGGAAUGUCCUCUUUGCGCAUUUGGGGGGGCAGUUGGCGUUGAAUGCUUAUUCCGAGGUGGGGGCUGUGAAGGAGUGA